GCGAAGUCUUUCGCUCUGUCAAUGUGCCCUUCCAACCGAGGUCGCUCAUCGAAGGGACCAAACAUAUCGAACUAGUUUCGUUGCUCACCUUUCUUAGUUUUAUUAGAUGUGACCAGCGCGGUGAGCAGGGAAGGUGAGGCCAGUGAAGGGUUAGCAGUGCACAAUGUUGAGGACAGCGGGACGAAGCUUGUCGCGUGUGCUCCACACGACUGUGGCGCAGCGCACCCACGGAAUCCCGCCCGUACCCGUUCCUGCGGCUGGUGUGCUGUCCUCGCGGAGAUGGUUCAAUGCCAGUGGUUUCAGUCUUAGUGGCCAUGCUGCAUCUGGUCAAUUGGAUGAAUUUGGGAUUGCAACCGGAGCUGAGCGGGAGGAGCUGGAAUAUCAGCGUCAGGGGAAGAAGCGGUUUGAUCUCGAUCCUCCACGCGGACCUUUUGGCACUAAGGAAGCUCCCGCAGUCAUCGAAUCAAACUACGAUGAACGGGUUGUUGGAUGUUCAGGAGGCAUUGGUGAGGAUGAACAUGAUGUGACUUGGUUCACUCUGGAGAAGGGCCAAAGUUUCGAGUGCCCUGUUUGCACGCAAGUUUUCGAGUUGAAGGUGAUAGGACCGGGUGGAAAGCCUGGAUCUGAUGAACAUCAUUAGGAGCUCAUCAAGCAUUGAUCACGCUGUGUGGUCAAAUGGUGUGCUUACUCAAGUGAGAGGCUACAUAGGCAAGUUUGGGCAGAUAUUUUAUGCUCUGUGGAGCCUUUUUCUGAGCAAGUUCAGAGGUCUUCCUGUCCUGAUGACCUUACAAGUUUCGACGCAUUUUUUAGAAAUGCUUAGGUUGAAAUCAAUGGAGUAUUUGAUUAUCACAUCAAUUCUCCUUUUUCUGCUGGCACAAGGUGGGUGCUGUCUUCUGUCACGUAAUAAGAAAGCUUCAAGUUGGAUGUUGGGGGUUUUCCGGAGGUAUCUGUCUUAUGCCUCCCCCAAUCUUUCGUAGUUCAGAUCUAUUGCUCGUU